AUGCUGGGGUCGGGGCUGAAUCUGGUGACCACGGUGAUUGGUUUCGGGAUGAGCGCCACCUUCAUCGUCUUCGUCUGCGCGCGCCUGAUCUGCGACCGCGCCAUGGAGCAUUCCCCCAGUGGGUUGGACCCUUUUGUUCUUGCUGCAAUUCCUACAAUCAAUUAUAGUUGUGAGGCCUUCCAUUCAAAAGAUGAUGCCCAGUGCUCUAUAUGUUUAGGUGAAUACAGAGAGAAAGAGAUGCUGCGUAUCAUGCCAACAUGCCGUCAUAACUUUCAUCUUGAAUGCAUAGAUGUAUGGUUACAGAAACAAACGACUUGCCCGAUAUGCCGGAUCUCGUUGAAGGACCUCCCUGUUGCAAAAGCUACGGCAUCCCCCCUCCGUAGCCUCCCUCAACUAUUGGGCCAUUCUGAGAGCCCUGUCAAUAGAUCGCCUCAUUGGAUACUUCCAAAUCACCGUGAUCGCACUGGAGGUAGACAAAAUAGUCCAGCCUCACAGGAAUCAUUAGCGGUGGCAAUCGAAAUCCAACCACAGAGGCAAUGA